AUGGCUCCCGGGAAGAAGAUCACGGCCAAGAUCAAGAAGACCUUGCCGGUGACGGGCCCCCAGGCGCCCACUCUCAGCGAGCUCAUGAGGUGGUACUGCCUCAACACCAACACGCACGGCUGCCGGCGCAUCGUGGUGUCCCGCGGACGCUUGCGCAGGUUCAUCUGGAUUUUGCUAACUCUGAGUGCGGUCGGGCUCAUCCUGUGGCAGUGCGCUGAGCUCCUCAUGAACUAUUACAGCGCUUCGGUGUCCGUCACCGUCCAGUUCCAGAAGCUACCCUUCCCGGCCGUCACCAUUUGCAACAUCAACCCCUACAAGUACAGUGCAAUGAAAGACUAUUUAUCUGAGUUGGACAAAGAGACAAAAAACGCUUUGGAAACUUUCUAUGGAUUUUCGGAGGGCAAAUCCAAGGUCCGUCGCUCAGUUGGUGACGGGAACAGCACAGGGAGCGAAUUCUUCCAGCAGAUCCCUCUGCUGAAGUUUGAAGAUUUCUCCAAGAUGGUCACUGACCUCUACAGUGGCCAGAAGAGAAAAAUGGAGGGCAAAGUCUUCCACAAAGAUUCAUCCAUAGUAAACUCAGGCGACUCAAACGAUAUCAUUGGCUUUCAGCUGUGUGAUGCAAACAACAGCAGCGAAUGUGCUCUCUACACAUUCAGUUCUGGCGUUAACGCUAUCCAGGAAUGGUACAAGUUGCAUUAUAUGAACAUCAUGGCACAAAUUCCCCUGGAGACUAAAGAAAAACUGAGCUAUUCUGCCGAUGACCUUAUACUAACAUGUUUCUUUGAUGGCMUCUCUUGUGACAAAAGGCACUUCACUCGUUUCCACCAUCCACUGCACGGCAACUGCUACACCUUCAACAGCGGCGAGAACGAGACAAUCCUGAGCACCUCCACGGGAGGCAGCGAGUACGGACUGCACGUUGUUCUGUAUAUAGAUGAAGCAGACUACAACCCUUUCCUGGUGACGUCAACCGGGGCCAAGAUCAUCGUCCACGAUCAAAACGAGUAUCCCUUCAUCGAGGACAUCGGCACGGAAAUUGAGACGGCAGCAGCGACCUCCAUAGGGAUGCACUUUACUCGGUCUCGCAAGCUCAGCAAACCCUACAGCGACUGCACUGAGACCGGGGCCGACAUACCAGUGGAAAAUCUCUACAACAAGAGCUACUCGCUCCAGAUCUGCCUGCACUCCUGUUUCCAGAAGGCCAUGGUGGACUCGUGCGGCUGUGCCCAGUACGCGCAGCCCCUUCCCGCCGGCGCCGAGUACUGCAACUACAAGAAGAACCCCAACUGGAUGUACUGCUACUACAGACUGCAUGAAAAGUUCGUGAAGGAGCAGCUGGGCUGUCAGCAAAUUUGCAAAGACGCCUGCAGCUUCAAGGAAUGGGCCCUGACCACCAGCAUCGCCCAGUGGCCGUCCACCGUGUCCGAGGACUGGAUGCUUCGAGUUCUGUCUUGGGACAAAGGGCAGAAAAUCAACAAGAAGCUAAACAAAACGGACCUAGCAAACCUCAUGGUGUUUUACAAAGACCUGAAUGAGAGAUUCAUCUCAGAGAAUCCCGCCAACACGCUCGUCAUUCUCCUGUCCAACUUCGGGGGCCAGCUGGGCCUCUGGAUGAGCUGCUCAGUCGUUUGCGUCAUUGAGAUUGUGGAAGUUUUCUUCAUUGACUCGCUUUCCAUCGUGAUGCGGCGGCGGUGGCAAAAGGCGAAGAAAUGGUGGAAUGACCGGAAAAGAAGGCAGGGCGGGAAGCCAUCCCAGGAGAGCGAGCUGGAGAGACAAGGCCACGAGAACCCCGUGUGCCUCGACGAGGACCUGCCCACGUUCAACACGGCCCUGCGGCUGCCGCUGCCCCCCGAGAGCCCCCUGCCCCGCACCCCGCCACCYAACUACAGCACCUUGCGCCUGGAGAGCAGCUCGGCCUUCACGGAGCAGCUGCCGGACACGCUGGAUGUCGGGCAACACUGACGCGCUGUGCACGACCCACGCGGGCGCUGUACACGCCCCGCGGGCAAGCCAGCACUGACGGCUUCUUGGGCCAGACCCUCCUGCAGGGACUGAACUUGCGGUCAAAGCUGCUCCCAGCAAAGCUCAGGCGCAAACGCCGAGGGCUCGGGGACGUUAGGGACUCCCAACAGCACCAAUUCUGCAGUUAAUUCCUGCAGGAGAUGGCUGGAGCAGGAUGUGGCGCGGAGCUGGGCUGUCUCGCCAGGUGGAGGCAUCCAUUAGCAAGAGUGUGCACAGCCCUCGGAAUGCGGGCAGGAAUUAUCCACGGCAGGAGAUUGAUGCCGCGUUGCCUAUUAAUGCUAAUUGCUCUCCGCUGCGCGGCUCGGCUUGUGGGAAAAACCCGGGGCUUUCAGGAAUGCAGCGUGACAUUUGUCACCCAGGGAAGGACGGGAUCUUGGGAAGAGCACGAAAAGAUGAGAGAGAAGYUCCCAGUUUGAAUUUUGAUUAGUGAGCUCGUGGUUGGAAGAGCACUUCAGGCUGUGAUGAAAGUUAGGAUAGUAAUAGAUUUGCUUACAGAGUAAGCUAUUGCACAGCUUGUGUAAAAGAACCUGAGUGAUCCCAAAAUGGUAAUUUUGAAGUGCACAGAACCUAAUUUGGAGGCCAGUACUGGACUGCACGCGYGGCAAGCUUGCUUCAUUUCACGUCGCUCAAGCCAUCCACUAAACAGAGCCCCGAGCAGCUCCUGGGGCAGCCUGGCCUGGGACGCCUGGCUUCCCUGAAGCCUCACKGGAGCUGAAUCCUCCUCUUCCUGCUCUGUGCGGGGAGGA